AUGGCGGAAGAUUCGCAGCCCAGACGUUCAAGAAGGUUCUCCUUCACCUCAAGACGGCCCCAGAGUGUAGUCGUCACCGAGGAGCUCAAAUCCCAACCACCAGUAACCACCAUCGGCUUCCCAAUUGAUGCCCUCCCAUACCCAGAGGCGCAGCAAGAGCGUCCUACGUCAUCGUGGAGAAACGCCUUUAGACGAUCCCAGUCAGUGGAUCGGAACAACAGUAGAGCUCCUUCUUCAGAUCGUCGAAGCUCGCGCCGUCUAGUGAAGAAGCAGCCAGGGAAUGUAUCCAGUGUGCCGUCACAAACUCCGACCUUGCCAAAUGUGCCUUUACCAUCGAACAUGACAACCGCUCGCAUUCAAAAUCGGCGUGCCAGUGUGUCAAAUAACGCGAGAGACGAGGACGCGGGCUUGCCAUAUACACACCAACCGAGCACGCCCGCUCAGCAGUAUGGCUAUGAUAGAAUAAGGAGUAACACGACGAUGAAUGCGCAGAGAGAACAGCAAAAGAAUGGUAACGCCUUUAUGAAAGAUCUUCCUCCCGCACCGGCAACCCCUACACUUCGAAGAGUCAGCAGUCCAUUCUACCAUACUGCAGCUGAUAAAUCCGCCAUGUCUUUCAAUCCUCCUGCCACUACCCUUACCACUAAUGUAGAGCAGAGACCAGGUAGUUUGGACAGCACUCAGGAUGAUGCCAUGAUUCCUGCUUCUCUGCGAGUUGGUCGGGCAAGAAUGGAGGAAUCGGGAGGCCAGAGUCGAGAUAGGGCAACGUCACCAAUGCAGGAAAACCCAUCUUAUCACAGCUUGCCUAAGUACAGUCCUUCGGAUGUUCAAGCACAACAGGCAAAUUAUGAUAGCAUCACGUCUCUUAUAGAGGCAGUCGAUUUUCCACAGAUAUCAACUUCUCCUGAGCAAACUCCUAGCCAGCCUACAGAUGCAGUUGAGUCGGUUAACAAGCGCGAUGAACGAAUCAAAAAUCUACGACCAUUAAAGACAAUGUCUCCUCGUCCGCACCAUGCAAAAACACCGUCGUCGUCCUCAUCUUCAUCGUAUGGGUCGUCUACAUUCUCAGCGCUGGGCGAACCAGCGACCCCAGUCAGUUCAAAUGCUUCCACCACCAACUUCGAAAUAACAUCCAUCAGCACUAAGAGCAAUACCAGCAAAAAGGAAAUCCCACGAAACACAAUGUCCCCCAAACAUGACAAAUAUCUCGCCAAGAUUUUUGUCGUCUGCUGCCAUUGCAACUAUUGGCACGAUGUGCCAUCCGGCAUGUACGCACAAAUGGUUAUUCCAGAAUGUCUAUUGUUUUCCGGACUGCCGGAGCCCUCCAGUUCACGAUCGUCCAGGUCAUCUAGUCAGGCACGUUCCGCGAGAUCGUUGGGCUCGAAACCGCAGUCUAUAUUCUCGGAGACGUCGUCUUCCUCAGGGCCCUCGUCAUCACCCAAGGCCACCGUCAGGUGUUCAUGGUGUAAGCAUGAGAUGGCCAAAUCGUGUUGCGCUAGCUGGACUACCAUGGUUCAUCUGAUUGAGAAGCAUCAUUAA